UAAGAUUAAUAUUAUCGCGUAUAUACUAUUAGAAUUUAGUUAAGCGCAUUGCCUGACAGUUAUCCGUGCGCCCAGAUUUGUGUAAAUUUGCAAUUUUAAGCAACCGUUAUUGGCUUUUCAUAAAAUCAAACGCAGAGCGUUCACCGCAACAAGUGGAAACCCCAUAAAAUAUUAAGGAAUUCCAACAAUUGCCUUUGUUGUCAACUACGUCAGAGAACGGCAAUAUCAAUAGACCGGAGCGACAUCAGAGUUGAGCACAAAACUGGAUUCCAUUGACGAAUUUGCCAUGGACUUUUGGAGCAUAUUCGUUUUCUUCCUACUGACAUUCCUCAUAAUGAGCUGCUGUGGCUAUUGCUGCACGAGCAAACGUCGCGGAACCGUUCUCUCAACACCCGUUGUGGUAACCUCAGCGACACACACUGCCCCCAGCGGCUAUGUCACUCAGCUGCCGCCGCCAGGAUAUCAGGCCAAUGUCUACGCAGCGCCAUAUCCAGUUCAAACAACGGGCAAUGUUACCGUGCAAAUGCCAAUGCCACAGUCUAUGCCAGGCGCUCAGCCACCAAUGGCAGGAAUGCAAACUCAUGGCGUUGCCUAUCCUAUGCCACAGCCGGGAGCUGGAGUUGCUAACAUGAAUCCACCUCCUUAUGACAUGGCCGUGUCUGGCGGACCACAGGGGGGCUAUGAGAAGCAGUCACCUUAUAACCCCACUUACCCACACUAACUUCGAAGCAACGAGAAAAUUAUCUUCUAACUACAAAUCACAAAUAAAAUAGAAGCAAAUAUUUUCUUAAUUCGUCGUUUAUAAAAGCUUUAGAUCGUUUCGAGAAGCAUAAUUUCUAUAUGCAUUACACUCCGCUAAAAUUUGAUGUUUGUAAAUGUUUAAAAUCAUGCGCAAUCUUGCGCGCUUAAGUAAUUUUGCCUUAAAAUAUAUUUCUUGAAAUGUAAAUAUUCCAUUGCUAUCAUUUGAUAAAAGCACAACGCGCCAUUGAA